AUGUUUAGCAUUUACUUUAUUUUUUCUUUUCAAGGCAUUGUAUUUGCUUGUGUUGUUGCUUUCUUACUGUACAUAGUCCGAGGUUAUCCUCAAUGGAAAACCGAUCGCCAAGAACAACAACAACAACAACAGCCAGCAGAAACUAUUAAGAGCACAGGGCAUAAACAACAAGAAAACAACAUUGAGAAUCUGUCUAUUGCACACUAUAUCCUUGUCUCACCAUUUGCUGCACUCUAUAUUCUUGCUCGAGUCAUAUUUGACACAGUUCGAUUCAGCAUAUACUACGCACUUUGGACCAUAGAGCGAGUUAUACCCUAUAUAGAUGAUUGGUUAUUUGAAACAGUCACCGUAUCACUUCCGACAAAGAUAAAUAAAUGCAGUCAGUGGUGGGAGGAGAGGGGAGGUCCUGCGUUUUAUGCGUACCAGGCAAACUUUAGACAGCACACGUUACCAGUUGUGUUACAGUAUGUGGAAAAUACGACUGUUGCUAUUUAUCACAUUGGCUGUGCUAUUCAGUCAUUGUCACAGGAAACAAUGAUUGCCUGGAGAAAGUUUAUUAAUGCUCACGAUUGGAAACAACUCGCAGAGGAUUUGUGCGAGAUUGGAUAUAGAAAUAUUUGGCAACCCACGACAGCAGUCAUAUCACGUAUCAUACAUCUUUGUCGCCUGGUAUAUCAAGGCGUAGCACACUUGUACAUAUCUGUCAAGAACGAUGUGGUAUGGAUAGCUACUGUAGUCGUGCCUACUGUGUAUGACUAUUGCGCAUCAACAAGGCUUGUGCAGCUCUUACAAAGAGCGGUAAUGGUUAGUCGUCGUGUGCUGUCAUGGAUAGGUGUCCAGAUAAAGGACCUUGUGCUUGCGCCUACCAUUGGUCGAGUUUUGACCUGGUUAGUAAAAGCUAUUGAUCAGCUUUUGUUGAUGCUUCAAACACAUCAAUUUCAACAGCGUCUAGAGAGUAUGUACAUGUUCUUGGCACCACACAUUGUCUGGACACUUUCAGAGUGCUGCCUACUGGGAUCUUAUUUGGCCAGUCUAUUGAAGACAGCAUAUUUUCAAAUUAUUUACCCAGCCUAUAGGCUGUACGUUAAACAUGUUAUGCCACGAUUAUCUGCCACUUAUCAUCAACUGAGAGAUAAAGUGAGUCAUUACUUUGUUACCUAUAUCUACCCCACAUGGCUACGCGUUGUACCGUACCUCGAAAAACCAGCCGCCUGGCUCUACUUUAUGAUUGGACCACUUGUCCAUAAUGCCUGCAAGCGUUUGUUUGAUGUCAUUGGCGCAUAUUUAACUCAGGUCGUUGGGUAUAUGCACAUAGUAGCUUCUCAAUGUCUGAAAGUUACCCUUGUCCUCACCCAUCGUAUGUACAUGGCUUUACAGAGCUGGCUGACAAAGCAAGCUCCACUGUUGUCAAGCUCAUUACAGCAAGUCUCGGGUUAUCUCUACAAUCUGAAUUGGCAGGCAAUGACGAGCGAGAUAACAAGCAUUGUCUAUGCUAUCUAUCAAUGGACUACUGAACAAGGAGGCUUAGUCUAUGCUUCCCUUGAACGAUCCUUAACGACAUGGGCUAAAGAACAAGCUAAAGCAGCAAAAGAUAUAAAGACACAAUAA